CUUUUGUUCGAAGUCGUCACUCCACACAGUCUCCACCAUCCGCCAACAAGAGGUUCUAGUACCUUGUCCCUUUCGUGACAACCAUGGCGUUGCUCCGUCCCACCCAUCUGCUUGGCCUCAUGAAUGCGAUGUGGUUGGUUCAAAGCCUAGGAUCAUACCGGCUCCCAGUGCGGACUACUUUUCGAUUGGCAGUCAACAGCAUCAGCACUAACAACAAGUCGCUUCCAUGUUGGCACACGGUGGGUUUUUUCCGGCAACCAUCAGCAUGCUUCAUGGUCCGAAGAAACUAUCGCACGACAUCAAGUAGAAAUGAGGAUAAACCGGGACGGCCAGAUCGGCGACAGCGAUCUCGUCGGGGUAGACCAAGAAGCCCUCCGCCACCCAUGCCGCCACCCGGCAGUCCCGGACGAGGUUGCUUCAAGGAGCUCAUAAAGCCAGGACUUGCAGUUUUGGUUGUCCAAAAAUCACACCAACGAAGCGGCGAAGAAACUCGCGGUGAAGUUGAUCGCCUUUUGACCAAUUCACGGUACCAUCCAAGGGGAAUCAAAGUCAUGCUGGUGGGAGGAAUUGUUGGAAGAGUCACACGGAUUGCUUCCGAGGAGAAGAGCACGGAUGUGCCCCCAUAGAAUGAGUUUACUUGAUUUUGGAUUUCAGAACCUGGAAUUGUGAAGUGAAGUCAGCAUACGACUGUACCCUAAAAGUACCGGCAUACUCAGGAAAGUUUAGAGCAUUGGUUUCCCGUCGGUGGCUUCUCUGAGAGAAACGCAGGAUGCCAAAUUAUCAGUGAUGCAUCUUCAAUCCAAACGAUA